UACUCAAAUUACUUUCUGUCGAUCCAAAAGCUAACGGCAGGGGGAGACAAAGGUUUCCCUUUAAUUUUUAAACCCACAAAGAAGAAUCUGUCAGAGAAGAUGGCUCCAAGACGAAGCUAAUUGUUUAGCCGAUGUAAAUCUAUCCACCACCAACAGGCUGGAGACAAAAUUAUCAGAUAACCCGUUGAGACGAAUAAGACCCUGUCACUGAGGAACGAUGAGCCAGAGACGUGGCAUUCAUGUGGACCAAUCUGAGCUGCUCUGCAAAAAAGGAUGUGGGUUUUAUGGCAACACAGCCUGGCAGGGCCUGUGCUCAAAGUGUUGGCGAGAGGAAAACCAGCGAGAAAAGCAAAGGCAAAUUCAAGAGGACUGGGCUCUUGCUGAAAGGCUGCAGAGAGAGGAAGAGGAAGCAUAUGCAAGCAGGCAUCAGAGGGCACAAUCACAACCUGCGAUCACUCCCUUCAACAAGUUUGAAGAAAGGAAGACGAAGGAGAAGUCCAGCAAAGUCAACACAGUCACAAAGUUUUUCACUCCAUCAACAAAAACACCACCCAAAAAGGAUGCCGGUGCUGCUGACGCUCAGUCCACUCCGAGCUCCAGCUCCUCAGCCAGUCGCCAGCCCUUUCCAGACAGCGACCGUGCAACGCAAGAGUUUAUAGAUUUUCUGAAGUCGGUGAAGUCUGGCAGGGAAAUCUUUAAACAGUGUCGGGCUUUCACUGAGGGCAUGGUGUACAAGCGGGACAUGGGAGCCGACGAGCUGUCGGAGUGUGUGCAAGACUUCUACCAGAGCCUCUCAGACCGGCUUCACAACCAGUUCAAAGGUUCGACAGAGCAUGUAGAGAGGGUGAUGGAUGAAGUGGAGAAGUACAUGAUGACCCGACUUUACACGGAGGUUUUCUGUCCGGAAACCACAGACGACGAGAAGAAAGACUUGGCUGUUCAGAAGAGAAUCAGAGAUUUGCACUGGGUCACCAUAGAAAUGCUGUGCGUGCCGGUGGAUGAAGAGAUCCCGGAAGUCUCAGACAGUGUAGUCAAAGCUAUUACAGAUAUAAUUGAAAUGGACUCAAAGCAGGUACCCAAAGACAAGCUGGCGUGCAUCACCCGUUGCAGCAAGCACAUCUUCAACGCCAUCAAAGUGAGCAAGAAGGAGGCCGCGUCGGCCGACGACUUCCUCCCGACUCUCAUCUACAUCGUGCUGAAGGCAAACCCUCCGCGGCUGCAGUCCAACAUCCAGUACAUCACCCGCUUCUGCAACCCCAGCCGACUCAUGACCGGAGAGGACGGAUACUACUUCACUAAUCUGUGCUGUGCAGUGGCCUUCAUAGAGAAACUGGAUGGUCAGUCUCUGAAUAUGAGCUCUGAGGAGUUUGAGCUCUACAUGUCGGGCCAGACGUCUCCGAACUGGCCACGGCCCACCGCCGCCGCCUCAUCCGCAGGCGGCGCAGCCCAUACCCAGGCCCACAGCAGCCUGGACGUGCUAACCGGGCUCGGCGAGAGGCAGGAGCGGGUUGUGGAGAAGGCUCGGCAGCUGGAGAGCGACCUGAUAGACUGGACGGAUGAAGUGGAGCAGAAAGUUCAGAGCGCGCUGGAGAGCUUUCCUCUUGACACCCAAAGCACCACGACGAACGCGGCCGGCGGAACGACGACAACGGCGGCCGCGGCGUCGUCCGCGAUCGACUCUGAAAAUGUAGAGAACGAGCUGCUGCCCCCGCCGCUGCAGCCUCAGGUGUUUGCUGGUUGAUAGGAAAAUGUCUGCUCUGCAGAAAAAGCUCCUGGAGGUUCUACUCCAUCUUCCCGUGUGUUCUCUUUAUAGUCCGUAAGCACAUGUAGCGUCUGUUGGAUCUGGAGUGUUCUUCCAUCCGUCUGUUCCCUUUAGAUGCUAUAAAACAUGCUGAAUAGUUACCCAACUGCUAGAUUUGAACUGAGUGCGCUGAUUUACCUCCCUGAAGGAGGUAAAUCAGAAAAUGGCUUCGCUGUGAAGGCACAACGAUCUUCACUGCAAAAAAACA